UGACCGUCUUCCUCCCACCCUCAAAUGCAGCUAACAGUCAGUAUGUGAAGGCAGCUGAAAUUAGUCAGGAUCUUUUUGGGUCACUUUGCUAAUCAUGGAUUUUUCUGUCUACCUCCCAGCUCUGCUCUCCUUCUUCUCCCAUUGCACAGCUCAGUGGUGUUACCAGAGCCAGUACUCCUGCAACGACACAUGCAGAGAGCCGAUCCACUGGGCCGCUCAGUUCCCCAGCUGCGGUGGAUUACGCCAAUCGCCCAUUAACAUCGUCACCAGCAGAGUGCACGUCAACGGCGCCCUGCCGCCCUUCGCCUUCAUCGGCCACACCAACAGGAUCAACGUCACAGUGGAAAACAAGGGACACUCGGCUCACUUCGCGUUGCCGCAGUCGGUGCGACUGACCGGAGGAGCUCUGCCUGGUCAGUACAGAGCCGCCCAGUUCCACUUCCACUGGGGAGGGAACGGGAGGCCGGGGUCCGAGCACACCAUCGACGGGGAGAGGUACCCGAUGGAGCUGCACAUAGUCCACAUCAAGGAGCCGUAUGGCUCUCUGGUCGAGGCCGAGCACGAUAUGGUGGGAAUAGCUCUGCUGGCCUUCCUGUUUGAGGAGACACCAGACGAUCACCCUCACUUGGACGCGGUGAUAGCUGCUUUGGGCCGGGUUCAAAACAACGGCAACAGCACCGUGAUCCCUAACUUUCAACUCAGUGACAUCAUCCCUUCGGCAGAGGAGCUGCACAGCUACUACCGCUACGUGGGCUCCAUGACAACGCCCGGCUGUGAACAGGCGGUCGCCUGGACGCUGUUUCACAGGAAACUGGCCGUCAGCAGUCGGCAGCUGGACGACAUCGUUCGGCAGUGUCGAUUCUGGACCGGACAGCCCAUGACGGACACCUUCAGACCCACGCAGCCUCUGGAUGGCCGGGUUGUGUACCGGUCCGUGGCGAGCGGCGCCGUGACCAGCGUGCUGCGCUUCUGGAUCAGUGUCGUCUCAGUGGUGCUGCUGACAACGUGUCCGAUACACUGACCCAGAACAUUAAAAGAAUGCCACCUGCAUUUGCACAUGAGUUACAGCGAAGUUAUUGUGCAAAGUGUAAGUAAACCGUCCACUUCUGGACGACACUGUGUUUGGUCUUUGCCUCAGUUAGGUCUUUAACGUUACUCAUCUUUCUCAUUAGGAGUCAAUAUUCUAAAUUCCCACUCGACUCAAAUCUUCUUUUCCUUAAAUGUGGUUUUCAGUAAGUGUGAUGAAUAAAAGUGUAGAAUUAGGGGUUUACGGUAGGUUUUUUUCUUAGGGUUACAAGCUCUGUGACAUUUUUAAUUUACUGCAAAUUCUCCAUCAAUUGACACACUCGUGGUUCUCUUCACUGUCAGUCAAUUUUAAUGUAGCAGAUUAGGUGAUGAAGGCUUUUCUAUUUUAAUGUGCACUCGUUUGGAAGAAACCAAACCGUUAUCAAUUCUCAUGACCUUUAUGAGUCGACACAAGCCGGUCUGCACCAUCUGGAGUCUGUGGGUGUUAACAGCAAUAUUAAAUCAGAUGUCCGACUGUCCUUCAAUGGAUCAAACUGUAAAACACUUAGUUUGAGUAACAUUUAUUCAUUGCCGGUCCUUGUAACACUUAUGAUCGGCCCAUGUGGUCAGUUGAAACAUCUCCUGGCUACACAUAUACUUCAAAAGAAGGGAGGAGACUUUUGAAAGGCGACAUGGUUUCACGUCGCACAUGUGUCCCUUUUGAACUCAAUCUGACAUUUCCUCAUAAUCUAAAUUGUGUCAGUAAGCUCGAUUCACAAUAUUAAAGGUGAAAUGAGGUCAA